AUGAGUGUUUUCAAGCAGAACCUGUCGGUAGCAGAUAUAAUACAAAUACCUGCAUUUUUAUGCCGCCAAACCGAUUUACUUGUGGCUGCCGGUAAGACAGGAAAUGUCAUCAGCAUAAAGAAGGGUCAAUUCUGCGCAGCUUCAGUAAUGAGGAACUCAGCAGAUAAAAUUCGAGGCACUGGAAAUCCAAAUGUUUGCGUGUGUGAACGUGGGACCAUGUUUGGUUACAGUGAUUUAAUCGUUGAUCCAAGAAAUCUUGUGUGGAUGAGAGAUGCAAAUUGUCCAGUGUUGGCUGAUAUUACACACUCGCUUCAACAGCCAGCAGGACGGGCAAUUGGGGAGGGUGGUGUAGCAAGUGGAGGGCUGCGCAAUAUGAUACCUACGAUUGCACGCACUUGCGCUGCAGUCGGAGUCGAUGGAAUUUUUAUGGAAGUUCAUGAUAAUCCUGAAUCUUCUCCAGUUGAUGGUCCAACUCAGUGGCCUCUGAGAAAUUUCAGAAGCUUGUUGGAGGAGAUCGUUGAGAUUGCUAAGGUCUCUAAGGGAAAAUCCGAAUUUGACAUUGAUCUCACACCUGUUGGAGAGGAAUUUUAA